AUGCCAAAUCUGAGGACUCAAGUAAAUCAAUCAUUUACAAAAAUGGCAAUGACAAAGAGGAGUAUUACUUCCAUACGUGUUGUUGCUUUAAGAUGCUAUACUCACCUGGUUGUUUCUCCUAUCAGACAGUUCAUGGAAGUUGGAGGACAUAUCUGCAACAACUGCCUGGCAGGAAUAAACAGGCCUCCAGUCUCAUGGCUCCCAAAUAUUCGUUUACAUGGUAAUAGAUUUGAACUAGAUAGCAGAGUCUACAGCUACAGCGGGGUAGGCAUUAUCAGCAUUCAAGAGCAAAUUUCACCCUGUUGA